AUGCUGCCUGACGCUCGGACGUCUGCCUUUGUGGUUUUGCCUCAGGCGGCUCCGGCUCCGACGUCUGCACUUGUGGCCUUGCCUGACACUCCUCCUGACGUGCGGGGAGAAGCUUGCUACGGCUUGACGGGCAGCUUGCAGAAAGUCACAGCGACUGAUGGGCUGCCCUCUGUUGUUGUCGUGCAGGAACCCUUGAAUGUCACCUGCACGCCCCCGCCUGAGGCCGCGCAGAGGCUCCAAGCGACUGAUGGGCUGCUGUUGCCGCUCACGCAGAAGAAGACCCAGUGGGCGCCGAGGAAUUUUCUGCACCCGCUGUCUGCUGGCGAAAACCACAAGGUGUGGAAGCGGAAGCAGUUCAGUGUCACUCGGGAGAGGAAGCGAAAGAUGCUGCUCAACAUGGGGUGCCUCAGGCUGGAGAUCGAUGUAGAUGAGGAGGUGGAGAUUGAGCAGCCUGACACCCUACCACGUGGCGGUUUGCGACACCAAACCAUGGUAAUGGGCAACGUUCGGAACUACGCUCAGGAAGGGGUCCUUGUUCUACUUUGUGAAGACCACCUGAGCCACUUCUCUGAGGACUACGAGCACGUCCUCGACGACCGCCAGUGCCAACAUUUGGGCGGCCGAUGCCACAUUUUGUGGGCUCAUGGAGCGAAGGCCAAGAGGAUCAGCUACUCGACGUCUCAUGCUGAGACUCUGGCGGCUAUCAGCGGUCUGGAAGCCGGAACCCUGGUUUCUGUGAGGUUGGCUGAGUUGCUUUACUCACCAAAGAUGCCGACCAUACAGAGCUUGACGGCUCAACAGGAACGGGGCGUCGUGGGGCUCCCGAUCGACUCCUUUACGGACUGCAGGGACUUCUUCGAGCUGGCGUCGGGAGACAAGAAUGCGCCCCAGGACAAGAACCAGCGGCUGUACGUGCUAUCGUUCCGAGAGGCACGCAUGACAGGAAGAAUACGAUGGAUGGGCCUGGUUCCCACAGAGUCGAUGACGGCGGAUUCGCUCACCAAGACGAUGAUUGCCGGGCCAAUGAUGCAGCUCCUCACAACGGGCACAGUGGAGUUCCACAACCAGGAGAAACAUCACGUGACCCUGCGUGCUCUUCCCACGACGGACCACAUCGAGGAGCGCCACUUCGACCUGGACGACCGCGAGCUCAUCAAGGAGUUCAGCAAGCCGGCCAUCGACAUCACGGCGUGCCUCACCUUCGUGAAACCGAGGUUCAUGUGCAUGGCGCUGCUCACCACUACAGCGGCUUCUACGUCUACCACGCCGACUACGUCUUCGACACCUUCAGAUGCGGACGACGGCUGGAAGUGGAUAGUGACGAUUGUGGUCAUCGUCAUUGCGGCAGAACGAUUACUCUGCGAGACAGCGAAACUAUGGUGGAGACGUCUCUUUGAGGAGAACGAGGACGAUCGUGCAAGCCGUCUUCUGCGUGAGAAAAAGGAAAAGUGGUUUCGCGAAGGCCACGACCAAGCUCAUGGAUCUGCUGAUGAUCCCAUGGACGUCUGCAAGCACCGCCUAGAGAGCUUUUCACCACGGUUGCUACCGGCCGGACGUUUCAUCGUGACCGGACUGCAACCAUAUUCGAGCAGUGCGCAUCCGGCACAUGAGGCCAUGCGCGGACUGCACGGGCUAGAGUGCUCUCCCAUUUUGUCGGGAACACUGAGCGGAGUGAAAUUACGAUUGUGCAGAUGUAUAGGUAACCACGAUGCUCAGACAUGUAUCAGACGAAGAUACCGCAGCGCGCUUGGAUCGAAGAAACAGCUGUGUUCCAAGUCUUUGGUGUUGGGGUCGAACAACUGGAGACGAAGGCUUGACAUCUAUUUGCCCGGAGAUGCCAGUAUGGGUGUUGCUAGGUUUGCUUUUGAGCCUUAA